ACCUAAGAAUGAGAUGAUACAAGGAUAGAAUGGUACGUACACGAAGUGGCAGUGGACUACUAGGGCAGAAACAAGGACGAAUGGAAGUGAGAUUAAAAUCUAGUGACGGGACGACUAGAAGUGUUCAGGUCAAAGCAAUGGAAUCCUUGGACGAAACAUGUGAACUGUCAGAUACUGUGAAUCAGAAAAGAAUUGGUGACUCGAACUGUGUUCGUGAAUUGGAAAAUCCUCGAAAACGUGCUCGAUCCACGAGCCCCGUGAAGGAGGGAGAGGAUUGGGUGUCCGGGGAGUGGCGAGGGGAUGAGGGUCGAGAAGAGGUGUGGAGGGCAGAGGGAAGGUUGGAGGAUGGAUGGAGAGGAGAAGAAGAGAGUGAGGAUAGUGAGGAGGAUUUACCUCCUGGGGAUAGGAUGGCAUAUAUUCAUGUUGGCGAGGGUGGGGAGGCUGAUCUCGAGGCUCAGCUUAAAGGUGAAGAGAACCUGGAUAUUCAGAUACUAGAGGAAGAAGAUCUACCAGAUAUUGAUGAGACUGAUAUGAUCCAUGGACUUGAUCACACUGGAACUGCACGUGAUUAUAUUGAUGAAAGACAUCGGUGUACAAUACAUUGUCCUAUUGGAUGUCAGGGUCACCUGCGUCCUAAUGAGAUUGUUAUCUAUGAGAGCUUUAAGUUCGAGGGACGACUGCGCCGCCGGAAACGGUACAAGGGUCGUAUCAUCUACAAUAUCCGGUACAGAGAUGCCAGGGAUAGAGAACCUAGAGAGAGCAGGGAGAAUAGACCUCAGACAGAAUCUAGAUCAUCUUCAUCCAGAUCUUCCAAGCCACGGAUUGAACGUCGACCCGUCCGAACCUCAAGAGAUUCCCCUUAUGAUUCGCGGGGCUCGUUAGAGCGCAACCGCAGACGCGACCAAAGAGUAAGACGCAGCAACGUGACGCGCGGUCCCCAAAAUUCAAACAAAGAGACGAGUGCUCCGGGUGCAACAAAGACGACGCACGGUCGCGGGUUUCCCAUCAGCAAGGUGCGCAUGUCCUCGAGGAUCCAACUGUUGCUCGACAUGCCCCCAGCCAGCAGAGAGGUGAUGGAAGCUAACUCCUGGAACCAAGAGGAUAGAUCACUUAACAUCUACGUUAAAGAAGACGAUCUGCUCACUCUCCACCGGCAUCCGGUCGCACAGUCAACAGAUUCUAUCCGGUCCAAGAUCGGCUACGAGACAGGUCUUCAUGUGUUUGAGUUGACGUGGCCGGUUCAACAGCGUGGUACACAUGCUGUUGUUGGUGUCGCUACUAACGAGGCGCCCCUACACUCAGUUGGAUAUCAAUCCCUGAUAGGGAACAAUGAUCAAACCUGGGGCUGGGACCUUGGUAGGAACAAGGCGUACCACGACAGUAACAACAGGCCGGGUGUGACCUAUCCCGCCUGUCUAGCCCCGGACGAGACUUUCCAGGUGCCCGAUAAGUUUAUCAUGGUCCUCGACAUGGACGAGGGUACAAUGUCUUUCAUGGUCGAGGGAAAUUACCUUGGCACCGCGCACACAGGACUGCGCGGGAAAAAAGUUUACGUUAUAAUUAGCGCUGUCUGGGGACACUGUGAGAUAACUAUGCGGUAUUUAAACGGGUUAGAAGGAGGACCACUCAGUCUGCUCAACCUUUCUAGGCUGAAGAUCAGACAGUGCCUGGGCAAGAAGAGGUUAGAGGAAGGUGAGAUAAAUAACCUUGUCCUACCCAGGAGCAUGAAAUCAUAUCUCAAGUAUCAGCAUAACUAUAGUGAGGAGACUCGAUAAGAGUCGGUGAAGAACAAAACUAAAGAUUCGUCCUGUAUUCGCCCUACUUGCGACUAGAACCAUGGACUAGUUUAGACUGAAUACUGGACUACUAGUCCACUGUAUAGUAGGGUUGAUUUAAGAAAACAACCCUCGAGAAAAUUCACACAGAAAUUUCAUGUAAAUUAAUGAAUUGAUGACUUAACGGACAUUGUGUUCGUUUUAUUUCGACCCAUAAAGGUGUUCAAUAAGUUGAUGAAAACGAAAUUUCAAUAUUAAAGCUGGACUUAAAAGAUUUACAGAAAUUUGGCUAAUUUGUAAAACCCACUGACCAAUCCUUAUUUGAAUUUAAUUCAGCUGAUUUUGAACAUCUUUUUUAGCACAUUUGUAAAUAUACAAGUAAAAGUUAGACUGAGACAAAGUAACGAAUGAAAGCUAUGAAAUUAUCCUUUUUUUUAAACGCCCGCCUAUUUUGAGGCAGUUGAUUUGAAUUAAUAAAUUAAUUGCUAAAUUACAUGACAACAGACUUUAAAUCUCAGAUAGAAAAUUUUAUAUGUAGAUAAUACCUCUAAGGGCCUUAAAUUAAGUGGGUGUGCUUGCAGCACUCCCCACAUGUGACAAUCCAUUGCCAUUCAUGCAUUUUAUUCUUAUUUUCUAAUCUAAAUUCUAGUUAAUCCAGAACAAUGGCAUUAUUCAGAUGUUUUUUAUACUUUUGUACAAAAUAUAAUAAAGUUAUUAUCUGUAAA